AUGAGCUUCACCCACGACAAGCUGGCUGACAAUAUUUACUGGAUUCGAGAAGAAGAUGGUCGAGAAUGUUAUCCUUUAAUGUAUCUGAUUCUUGGCGCCGGGGACACGGCUUUACUAAUUGAUACUGGUUGUGGUUGCGGAAACAUCUAUCAUUACCUUCGUUCUUUGUCGUUCAUGCAGAAUGUGAAACUUAUUGUUGUCAACACUCAUAAUCAUCCGGAACAGACCGGAGGAAAUUGGCGGUUUUCGACGACGGGCAGUAAUGGAUUGGCACAUUUGGUGGAAGAUUUGUGUGCGGGACGCAAGAACAAAUACUAUACCCGCUUGAUGGAUAGUAGCUGGCACUGGGAGAUCCAAACCUACAAAGUGACCCGAUGGCUAAACGAUGGGGAUAAAAUAUUGCUGGGCGAUGAAUCGAAUCUGAGAAAUAUUGUUCAAGUGAGUGGGUCGGGAGAAGAGGGGAAAGUGAUGUGGACUCCUGGACACACUCCAGACAGCAUCGUUCUCUGGUACCCAUACGCUAAUCGCCUUUUUGUUGGUGACCUGUUCUACCGUUUUGAUGAUAUCAUGUUCACUUACCAAUACACCGACAUCCGCCAGUACGAAAAUUCAGUUCGAAACGUUUUGAAGUUUGUAAAGAGUCAGGAAGUUACGGUAAAAUACUCCUCUGCUAAAAAUGAUACUGAUAACCAAUGUCUGCCCACUUUCAAGCUUUAUCAUCGAUUUUUACUAGCUGUGAUUGCUGGAACCCAUGCUGGAACUCAUUUAAGAAUUGAUGAAGCAGAAGGAGUUCGUUAUGAGACACGAGACAAAAGUAUGAAAAUUGUGAUUGGAAGGAAAAUUGUGCAAAAGUUGAACGAGGCGAGGGAGAAGGCGAAUCAAGGGCAAUGA